AUGGCAUCAGAAGUCGAUGACUGUUCGGCAAGGUUGCUGAUAGCUGCUCGCACCGGGCGGCUCUCCCAAGCGCGACACCUGCUUAACGAAAACGCCGACCCCAGUUUUCACACAGGUAAUGGAUGGACUCCUUUGCAUGCGGCAUCCUGGAAUGGGCACCCGGAAAUCGUGAAGCUGCUCAUCCAGCAUCAUGCCUCCCUUGAGAUUAAAUACAAGACCCGCACACCACUACAAAAGGCCGCAGAACGCGGGUAUCUCGAAAUAGUUCGGAUACUGAUAGAUGGCGGAGCCAACGUUGAGGCAGGAGCCACGGAUGGCUUUACGCCGUUGUUUAUUGCCGCGGACAAAGGUUUCGGCGCGGUCGUCACAUUACUGCUUGACCACAAUGCCAACGUCAACGCCUCUACCGCAUAUGGUUGGACUAGUCUUCAUAGGGCUUCAUACUCUGGAAGGCCACCAGUCGUGGAGAUCCUGGUCCAGCGUGGUGCCAACAUCAAUGCUUCUACCGUGGAUGGUUGGACUAGUCUUCAUAGUGCUUCAUACUAUGGAAAACUACCAGUCGUGAGGAUCCUGGUCCAGUCUGGUGCCGACACGGAGGCUCUGUUCAGGGGUAGCCGAACGCCCCUUCAUAAGGCAGCAGAGGCGGGCCACGCUGAGAUAGUUCAGGUACUACUCGAAGGGAAAGCCGACAUUAACGCCAGGGCCAAUGACUGCCAAACGUCCCUCCACCUGGCCGCGACAGAAGGCCAUGUCGCUGUCGUAAGACUGUUGCUUGAGCGUGGAAUCGCAGUUGAUACUCGAACUGUUCUCGGAGCGACUCCCUUACACAUAGCUGCAAACAGUGGGAAGAAGGCGAUCGUGGAGAUGCUCCUUCAGAAGAACCCACCGCUGGAAGCAGAGUUGGACAAAAGCCACUUUACAGCACUCCAUCAAGCGGCAGAAGGGGGGUUUGCCGACAUUGUCGACCUCUUGCUGAACCAUGGAGCGGAUAUCGAGGCAAGGAGUGUUGACAGUUCCACCCCGUUGCAUCUAGCCGCCUCCAAAGGGCACGCGAAAGUGGUCAAGUUGCUGUUGGAGCGGCACGCCAAACAGACGGCCAAGAAUAAAGCUCUGAAGAAGCCUCUAGCCCUUGCCGAGGACAAUCACCAUACUCAAGUAAUCACCUUGCUAUCAGCUACGGAUCAGCAGGAUGAUAGCGAAUCAUCCAGCAUGGGUUCUAUGCCCGAUAUUCAUAGCCGGACUAACGACGCAAGUUUUCUUGCCGGUGAAAAAUACAACGACCUCAUCAAGUCUGCCGUCGUCAAGGCAAACAAGACUGCGUCUCCGGUCAAGAUUGCUGUGAUUGAUACGGGCUGCAGCACGAAAGCCGACUACUUCAACAUCUGCCCCAGGGAAAGUAAACGUAUCAUGGGCAAUCACUGGCGCGAUUUCGCGGGGUCGGAAUCGAGCCCGAUUGACGAGGACAUAAGUAAACAUGGCACUAUGGUUUCAGUGCUGCUCCUCAGGGUGGCCAAGAAUGCCGAGAUAUUCGUUGCCCGCAUUGCAAAGACAGAGUCUGAGUUAGAGAGUGCAGCAGGCAAUAUAGAAAAAGCCAUUCAACACGCACAAGACCCGAAAGGAUGGAAUGUGGACAUUAUCUGCAUGUCAUUUGGGUUUAGGAAGGAAGUCGCAUCGAUUAAGAAGGCAAUAAGGAAGGCCAAUUUUGACAACAAUUCAAUCGUGUUUUUCGCCGCUGCCGCAAAUCAAGGCUCCAACGAACCGGAGAUGUUUCCUGCCUCCCUGUCCGAAGUCAUCUCAGUGCGAGGAACGGAUCACUAUGGGACCUUCGUUGGUGCCUACAACCCUCCCCCAGUGUCGACAAACAGCGGCCUCCCUCUCUUCGGUACACUAGGACAGGACGUUCCAACAUUCGCGUCGUCAGGGAGCAGCAACGGGUGCUCGGUAGCUACCCCAAUUAUGGCUGGAAUGGUCGCUAUGGUCAUGCAAUGGAUUGCGGAAAAGUCCGCCGAUAAACGCGCCCUGCAACUGCUCCGAACCCCGGAUGGAGUGCAUGUGUUCCUAAAGAAAGCGGCCUCGGUCGAUAAGGGAAACAACCGGCGUUAUGUUCAUGUUUGGGAUCUAUUUGCCAAUGGUGGGGAAAAUUGUGUGAAAAAGGUAGAGAGUGCCAUGUCUGAGUUGUCCGCCCGUCAAACUGCUCAGUAG